UAGAUUUUUUGUGAUUCUGAGAAAGAAAGAUGAUAACAGCUCUCUUUGAAAAAUUAUUAGAACAUCAGUUACUUGACUAUUUAUAUUAAUUCUUUAUAUGAUCACCAAUAGUUGAUGCUUUCGCUGAUAUUUGUUGUAGUUGUGUGUGUGUGUGUGUGUACCUGGUAUUCAUCACGUUUUGGGGACCAAAUGUCUCCACAAGGAUAGUAAUGCUAGUAUAUUUUGACCAUGUGGGGACAUUUUUUAGGUCCCUAUGAGGAAAAAAAACUUAUAAAUCGUACAGAAUGAGUUUUUUUGAGAAAGUAAAAAUGCAGAAAGUUUCCUGUAAGGAGUAGGUUUAGGUGUAAGGUUUAGGUGUAAGGUUGGUGUAAGGUUGGUGUAAGUUUAGGUGUAAGGUUUAGGUGUAAGGUUGGUGUAAGGUUGGUGUAGGUUUAGGUGUAAGGUUGGUGUAGGUUUAGGUGUAAGGUUGGUGUAAGGUUGGUGUAGGUUUAGGUGUAAGGUUGGUGUAGGUUUAGGUGUAAGGUUGGUGUAGGUUUAGGUGUAAGGUUGGUGUAGGUUUAGGUGUAAGGUUGGUGUAAGGUUGGUGUAGGUUUAGGUGUAAGGUUGGUGUAGGUUUAGGUGUAAGGUUGGUGUAAGUUUAGGUGUAAGGUUUAGGUGUAAGGUUGGUGUAAGGUUGGUGUAGGUUUAGGUGUAGGGCGAUAGAAAAUGCUAUUUGUAUUUUGUGAUUGUAAGAAACAAGAUAACAGCUCUCUUAAACAAUUAUUAAAACAUCAGUUGCUUUACUAUUUUUUUUCUUUAUAUAGUUAAUGAUCACCGAUGUUGUUGUUGUUGAGUGUGUGUGUGUGUGUGUGUGUGUGUUAGAGCUGUGGUAAAACCACAAAUGUGUUUUCCCGACCUCGAUCUCUAGAUCACCAGUAUCUCUCCUGUUUUACUCUCGGCCUGCUCAGCUUUAUCUGAAACGCUCUCACUUGUGGUUGAUGGAGAGGUUAUUUGGGGUUUGACUUCUUCUCAGAAGGUGAACUGGUUUUGGCUAAUGGGAAUGUGACAUUUGGUUCGUCAGCGGUCGUCAUGAAUAUUUUUUGAGUUAGAAAUAGAAACACUUUUACUGGCAGCGUUUGGAUCAGCCGGACCUGAUCAGUAAACCAGACUAAACUAGACUAAACCAGUCAACUCCAGUAUUUCUGCAUAAAUCAUAUUGGAGUCAGGUGUUUGUAGUUUUGUGAGGCGGGUUUGAUGCGGAUCACUGUUCGUUUAGCGCAUUGAAUGACUGAAUUGAAUUUGAAUGCAAUGCUGUAGACUUGAGCUGAAAGGCAAUUGUGAAAAGCUGUGAAAGUUUCUCUGGUUUCAGUUUCGCCUGAAUCUGUGACUUCGGGUCUCAAUUGAAAGGUUGAAAUAGGCCAAAAAUAGCCGAACGAAACUGCAUCUAAAUGAGAGAAACCUACUUUCAUAUGUUCAAUGUUAAAAUAACGUCACCACCAUGUUGUUUAUUGGCAGGUGUGUGUUAUAAAUGGGCUUUUCUAAACUAUGGGCUCAGUUUCUGCACUAACAAUCUUCAACAGAAUCACUGGAGAAUUCUGAAUUAAUUCUGAACAUUUUCAUUUGUGUGAUUUCUGCUGCAUCUCACAUAACGUCUGACUUCAUUUGCUGAUGCAAGUCAAUUUAAUAAUCAGCGUUUUAUGUGUCCAAAAUGCAAACACUAUCAUAUUCUUGUAUAGCAUUUCGCAAAAAAGUACAGCUUGAUUCAAAUAACACUAAAUGGAAAAAUGAAUAAAAAUGUUCUAUUUAAGUGAUAUUUACCUUGAUUUCACUCAAAUCAUCUCAAGCUAUUCACUAAUGUUGUCUUCAGGCUAAAAGAAGUACACCAACUUUUGAAAAACUCGAUUAGUGAUUAAUGGCUUUGAUGUGAUAUAUUUAAAUAAUUCCUAUUGGUUUUAAAAUCUGAUCUGGCAAAUAAACAAACAAAUAAAUACAGAAAAUGUAUUGCUAAUUGUAUGCCAGGACAUCAUCCAGUAAUUUCCCUAAAACGCAAUGCAAUGAAGUUCAAAAUACACUCUUAAAAUUAAAGUUGCUUAAAUGCUUCUUCACAGCGAUGCCAUAGAAGAACCAUUUUUGGUUUCCAUUCAGUCAAAGGUUCUUUAAAGAACCAUCUCUUUCUUACCUUUUUAUAAUCUGAAGAACCUUCUUUUGACACAAAGAAACAGAAACAAGGUUCUUUAGAUGUUAAAGGUUCUUUAUGGAACCGUUUAGACAGAAACAGUUCUUCUGUGGCAUCGUGAAGCACCUUUAUUCUUAAGAGUGAACAGGUAAAACACUUUUAUGCAGUUAAUUAAUGCAGUACAAUGUGCCCUAUUUUUAUGAUUUUUUUUUUUACAAUGCAGGCCAGGCUAAAUCAGAAACAGUGUGUUUUAGCUGCUUUCUAUUCUCUCAGUCUAAAUGCUGUUGAGCUCCAAUUAGUUCAUCUUUUGACUCAUGAUGAUCAAAUUCUCAAAAAAAAAAAAAAUGUUGUAGUUUGGUUGCAUUAUUCCUAGUAUUACAAAGCAGAAAUCACACCUGGCUGAUGUGCAAUUUGAAGAUUAAAAUGUGAUGAAACAACUUAAGAAGUGUUGCAGAAGUGAGACUUUUAAAAAUGUGGACUGUGCUGAUGAACUUGUAGGAUUCAGUUACAUCAUACAUCACUAACAAAUAAUGAAAUAAAUGUAAGAUCAUUCUGUGCUGUAUCUAUAACUGACAUUGCUGUUAUAUAUUCACUGCUGGAUGUUGGUAUGAAAUAGACAUCAUCUAGUUCAUCUCUCUGUUUCACACACCGUUCUUCAUGGUAUCCACCCAGUGUGGUUUUCAGUUUUACCUUUUAAGGCAGUCUUUACUGGUUGAGGACUAGUAAUGGUCAGAAUGGAAAAAUAUAAGAAACCGGCAUCAGACGAUUUCUUAUUUUAUCUUCUGGAUUAUAUCACCCACAUCCUGAAGCAAACUAUACGAUGCCAUCCAGCCACAUCACCUUUAUUUCUGUAGCGCUUUUCACAACGCAGAGUGUGUCAUAGCAGCUCACAGUGACAAACAGGAAAAUAACACAACCAAUUAUAGAAACAGACUAUGGAAACAGAUGGUGCUGUUAACGUGGCCAUAACCAGGGUUUGAAAAUGAGGUCUGGGCUGUUAGGAAUCAUGCUUUAAUAACAUCUACUACAAAUGCAACUCAUUAUACAUAUGUGACCCUGGACCACAAAACCAGUCAUAAGGGUAAAUUUUUUUUUAUGAAAUUGAGAUUUAUACACCAUCUGGAAGCUGAAUAAAUAAUGUUUCCAUUGAUGUAUGGUUUGUUAGGAUCGGACAAUAUUUGUCUGAGAUACAACUAUUUGGAAAUCUUGAAUCUGAGGGUGCAAAAAAAUCAAAAUAUUGAGAAAAUCACCUUUAAAGUUGUUCAAAUGAAGUUCUUAGCAAUGCAUAUUACUAAUCAAGAAUGAAGUUUUGAUAUAUUUACGGGAGGAAAUUUACAAAAUAUCCUCAUGGAACAUGAUCUUUACUUAAUAUCCUAAUGAUUUUUGGCAUAAAAGAAAAAUAAUUUUAACCCAUACAAUGUAUUGUUGGCUAUUGCUACAAAUAUACCCCAGCGACUUAAGACUGGUUUUGUGCUCCAGGGACACAAAUAAACUUUAAAAGCGACAGACAUGUAGAUGUUUGUAAAAGAGGGGUGUGCAUUGUUAAAUUAGACUUUAUUUGUUGCAUUAAAAUGUUUUAAUACUUUAGUUGAGGGGUGGAUAAUUUUAUUAUUCUUGAUUCUUCAUGCAACAAUACUAAUUAAUGUAAUAGUUUUCAUUAGUUGUCACAGUGCACACAGCGGGGAGGAACACGGAGACGAGGAUAUCUUCAAAAUAAAUAAUAAACUUUAAUAAAUAAUAGUCUUUAAUAAACUCAGGCAGGGCAAGACAAGGCAGGGCUGAGACACACAGGAACACAAGGAACGUAACGAGUAGACCAGACAAAAACUAACUGAACAGACAGGAACUUAAAUACAAGGAAUAAUUAAUCACACACAGCUGAACGGAAUCAUAAUCAAACUAAACAAGGACAGGAAAGUGACCAAAUAAGGAAACAGACUCAGGGAUACGGGACUGACACUAGUAAGCAUUAUAGCUAUUUUUAAAUUUAUUUGGCAACUUUUGAAAAGUGAAUAAAAUGAUAAAAAGGCAUACAUUUCCCUUCUAAAUGACACAGAAAUCAGUUUGUAGUGAGAAGUGCCUAGCAGUAUAGAGAUGUGCAUCAUGUGAAUCAAGCUGCUAGCUGCAAUAGUUCAAUAAUAUUUCUUGAUUUAUGAUACACAUUGUUAUUAAUUUGUUCUUAUUAUUGUUGAUCAUUUACGUGCACUGUAAGAAAAGCAGAAAAGAUACGGAUCAUUUUCUGGCAGGACUUUAUAUUUUAAGUUUACAGAUAUUUCCAGUACACCUAAAACACAAAAUACAGUGCGUAAUUUGGUAAAACACCUGUGAAAAAUUAAUAUGGAAAAUUCCUUCAUCUUUACACAGUAUUGUGGACUUUUCUUAAACUGUAGCAUACUAACUACCAUUACACUGCUUAAAAUGAUAAUUGUUUGGAAUGUGUAGUUUUAGUUUAUAAGAAAAUACAUAAAAAGUAAUUGUUCAAAAAUGUGCAACUGUUAAAUAAUUCAGUGUAGUAUUUAAAUAUGAUAAUAUCUGAUCAUAGAAUUCAGUCAUUCAACGAUCUAGGCAAACACUGAAUUAUACAUGCUGACACUCGUAGCAGGAGUUUUAAACGAUGAAUUACUUAUUCAGAGAGCUUCACAUUUAAUUUACAGAGGUCCAGAUCUCACAGCUGGCUUCGGUUAAAGCAGCUCUAGAAGACAGCAAUGUUAAUAUUCAGAUCAAGUCAGUUCAGUGUUGGUUCAGUUCAAAUCAAGUUAAUUGAAUUCUGAUGCUAUAAGCAGUUCUACUCAAUAUUCAGCUUAGUUCAGUGUUGGAUGAGUUUGAUGACCGUGUCGAAGUUACACGUAUGAUUCAGCUGUGAUCAGCUCUGCAGAAGAUCAUAGUUCAUGUGUUUCUUCUCAUAUCGACAGAUUUUCUUGAAGUGUAAUGUUGUGUUCUGUGACUGAUGAUGAAUCAUGUCAUAACUGAUGCAAAGUUUCUACUAAAAUGGAUUUUCUAAGAACAGCGAUGACUUUGAAGAGGAAAUGUGUCAGAAAGUCUGAGAUCACAUGUGUUUGUGAAGUCUGACCGGGUGAUAAAUAUGUGUCAAAUGUUCCCUAUGAGCACUAGAGAGUGAACGGACACAUUAGACUCAUUCUCUGGAAGAAGAGCGGUUAUCAAGGAAGGGCUGCGUUCGUGGAGAAUCGCUGUGCUCUUUUUACCCUGCAGUGUGUGAUCGCGCUCACAGACGGGAACAUGAGCGAGUGACAUCGCGACGCUCCGCGCUGGGACGUCUCUGCUCCACACAUUUCCAGAUGCAUGCUGGGAGCAAAACGCCAUCAUGCAGAUUCUGGCUUUGAUGAUGGUGAUGAUGAUGAUGAUGAUGACAUUAUCAUAUUCAGCUCUUGCAGAUCAAAGUUUAACGUGUCAUAAUGAUUUCUACAACACCUUCACAUGUGUUUGGGACACCUCAAAACUGGACGUGAUCCCUCCGGUCCAACCCGAGACCAUGUGCUGGAUUCAUGUAACGGUUGAGAAGAUACGUACUUACUAUAGUAAGGCUCGGAUGUUUGCAGACCCGGCACAGCCUCACAUACGCUCUGCCACCGUGGUUUUUGAUAACAAGCGAGGUAUAAUAAUAUCAAAAAUCAAAUUACAUGAAGAAGUCCAGUGUGAGAACUACACAAAUCCUGUGGCUGAAAUAGCACAACAUACGUCAGAAGUCAGCGCAGUGACAGUGGCUCCUCCUCAGAAAGUGGAAGUUCAUGGAAUCAAUGUUUCUUGGAGUUUUGUUUCUUCAAGACCUUUUUUAAAGCCUGAGUUUGGGGUCCAGUUCAGAUCUGCUGCUCAGAGCUGGAAGGAUGUGGAAAAUGUUAUCGUAAAUACUAAAGAAACUCAGCUGGAGCUGCCAGAGGACCAUUUGGUCUUAAAUCAGCAGUACGUGAUCAGGGUGAGAGGCAAGUAUGAAGAGAGUAAACUGCCCAAUGCCCUGUGGAGCGACUGGAGUGAAGAGUACAGCUGGACGUCUGCUGUGGGUCAGACGCCUCCCACGUCAGAGAUCCUCCAGCUGGAAACAACUGUGACAGGAAUCACGCUCACAGGAAUCACUCUGACCACCAUAUUAAUCUUCACCAUUCUCAUCAAGUGCAAGAGAAUCAAAAGGAAUGUGACUUCUUCACCUUUCAGGGUCCAGAAGAACGGUUCGACGUAUAUACCCGACCCCUCCAAAUUCUUCGGUGAUCUGAACUCGAGCCACGGAGGGAAUUUCACGUCUUGGCUGGGGUCGGUUCUAGCGCACGAGAGCUUCAUCAGAGUGGACACCGAGUUCAUCAGUCCGGUCGAGGUCCUGAAGCUGCAGGACACCUGCGAAUCCCGCAGCUCUCACAGAAACAGCGGCGGCCCGCAGGAUGGAUGGGACAGCACCGCCAAAUCCUCCAACUUCUCUAACUCCACCUACUUCAUGUCCCAGAGCUCCAAGGGGCCAAGCGACGCUCUGGAGCCCUGCUCGGCGCACUCCUCCUACGGGCCAGCAGGGGGCGUCGGUGACGUGGCUCACACCGCUGGAGAGAAGGAGGAGCUGGAGUUCUGUCUGGAGAAGCUGAGGCAGGACACACAGAGUCCGGAUUCGGGUUUCGCCGGCGGAGCCGAGGACAGCAUGGAGGAGACGGAGCUGCCCAGUCCUCUGGGCUUAAACCUGGCUCCGCUCCUGCCCCAGAACCUGCCGGCGCCGCAGCCCAGCAGACACCCACUCAUGGGCCUCAUGCGACCGAGCUGCCCGAUCCCUGCAUUAGACCUGGACCUCCUCAACCUGGACCUGCAGAGCUCCUGCGGGCUGAUCGAGCCCUCGAGUGGCGACUACAUGCCAGUGAAAAACGUGCAGAGUUAAAGGGAUAGUUCACCCAAAAAUGAAAAUUCUGUCAUUAAUUACUCACCCUCAUGCCAUUCCAAACCCGUAAGACCAUCGUUCAUCUUCGGAACACAAAUUAAGAUAUUUUUGAUCUUAACUUGUAUUCCGAAGCUGAACGAAGGUUUUACGGGUUUGGAACGACAUGAGGGUGAGUAAUUAAUAAAUAAAUACGACCUUACGUUAUGGCAAUCAUGUUUACACACUGCCUCCGCAACUUUCGUCCAUCAUCAUAAAGAAAUUCAGAUCAAGUUAAAUUUUCUGCGUUUUUCGCAUCCGUAGCAAACAUUUUGAGAGGUGCGAGCGAACGCCAAAAUCCAGAAUGGCGUCUGACAGGUCGAUCCACUUCGUGACUUUGUCUCGCAGCACAAAGCACUGUAAAGGUCCUUGCACACUGAGUUCACAGAUAUUGGUGGUCUUCUUUUUAAUACGUGGCUCCAGUAUCGCUAACAAAGCAUCAAACUGAGCCACUGACAUCCUGAGGUCAACUUCGCCCAAGAUAAUCUCCUUAAUAAGGAGGGGGAACUUUCCUUUUUUCGCAAUGGAUUGCAUCAGACUCAGUGUGCAAGGUUUCUGUGCAUGACGAAUUUUUAGAAUGACGAAUACAAAAAAUUUUUCGGACUCAGUGUGCAAGGAGCUUUAGUGUUCCUCAGCGAAUAUAAAGUUAUCAGAGCAAAACGCGCUUCAGGUUACACAGAAAUGGACGAGCUCAAUCUGUAACUGCAGUGCUUGAGAGAGAGUUUUGCGCAUGAACAUUAACACUGAAACGCAAGCGUUCGUUCUGUCAUCACCUGCUGAGCCUCAUGACGGAGAUGUUUCUGCCAGAGUGUCUAAAAUGCUCUUGAAGGAGUUUCAGUGUUUCGGUUCCACACGCAAAUGACUUUAAAAGACUAGGAAUAUAGCUUCAUAUGGACAACUGUUAUGAUCCUGACAUGCUGUUUGUUUGUUUCGUUUUGCACUUUUAUUGCAUGGAAAAGAGCAGCGUGAACAUUCUUCUAAACAUCUCCGUUUGUGUUCCACAGAAAAAAGAAAGUUAGUUGCACAAACCGCUUGGACUAUCUUAAAAGUUUUUUCUUCAAGAAUGGUCAUGACUUUUUAAAGGUAGAUUGGACUCAUUUGAAUCCGAACCACUUGGUUAACUGCUAAUUGGUCAGAAUAGUUCUUAAGACACAGUUUUAAGAUAGUGGCAAUGGCAGGUUUGGAACGACACGGUGCAUAAAUGAUGAGAGAAGUAAAACUUUUGCCUGUUUAUUACUCAGCAUAAAGUCUUGCUGAGUCUCAGAUGUUUACUAUGGAUUUCUCUGGUUGCUGCAUGACUAAUGAGUUGACGCGAGCGGAUCUGCUUCGGUGUGCUGAUGUAUGUGCAGGACAAUGGGAGAGUCUCUCCUGGUCUCAGGUGGUUUGUGUGACGCAGAUGCAGUCCCUCAGAACGAGCGCAGGAUCUGCGGAUGAAACCAGGUGAAGCACAAAGGACAGUUCCCUGUUUCUUUUCACUAAAAUUCUACCGUUCAGUUUACAUGGUACGACAAAGGAAAUCUAGCUGUUUAGAAAAUUAGUAGUUUCAGAUGAGACAAUUUAUAAUAGGCUAUUCUAUGCCCUGAAUGUUUUCAUAAUAUAUAAUUUCUAUUUAUAAGAUGUUUGGCAGCAGGGAAAAUAAGGCUAACACGAGACAGAAACACAGAAGCAGAAGUGAAACGUUCUUUUGAGUGGCUCACACUUAUUGUCAUUUUGUGUGUUUUUGUAUGCCAUUUCAUCUUGUAUCUUGGAUUUUUGUAUGUUAAAAUGAUGAUGUCUGCUAUUUUGAUGAAUGUAAGAGAAGCCAGUAGUUCUCAGCGAUCGCAAUUUGCUGCUAAAUAAUAUAUUAAAGCAUAUUUGUGCUCUU